AUGCUAGCCUGCUGCUACUCGCUCCUCGCGGUCGCUAGAAUGGGCAGACCACUUCGGGCAGAGGAGGGUGGCAGAGGUAAGGACGGGCAUAUAAUGCCGGCAAGGAGCGCUUCUUUUGGCGGGACCCAGGCGAAGAUGCUCAAGGAAGCCCUCGACGACAGGGCGGUGCUGCACACGUUUGGGGUGGUCGACGGGGCCGGGGACCACUGUGCCGUAGCCGCGCUGAAGUUGCGGAAUUAG